AUGAUGGCAACCGAGUCUUCCGUCCUAUAUCUCUUCGGAGACCAGAUUGCCGACGUUCUUCCAUGCAUCCAGGAGCUCAGUCAACGCGCAGCUAACUCGGACGAACUGCGACGUUUCCUGCGCUCUGCAACGGACAGUCUGCGCAAGGCGAUAUAUCAAGCAUCUUUCCGUGAGAGACAGAGGUUUCCUACCUGGGAAUCUCUAACGGACCUUGCUACUGCGGUUGAACGCGAUGAUGCCCAUUGCCCGGCGUUGAAGGCUGCUCUUUGCUGCAUAUCUCAACUUGGCCAUGUUAUACUCUAUCUCGAAAAAUUCCCAAGAGCCUUGGAAUUCGGAUCUUCAUCCAAACCUGGCCGCGAUGCUGUUCUGGGACUAUGCACCGGCUCAAUCGCAGCCUCCGUCUUUUCCUGCUCUCGAAAUAUUACUGAGCUGCACCGCAUCGCACAUCACGCUGUAGCCUUGGCCUUCCAGCUUGGACUGGAAGCAUCUCGACGAUCAGAAUAUAUUAAUUCUUCCAAAGACACAAGGACCAGGGGUAGCUGGGCUACCCUUGUAAGCAAUGUCGCGGUGGAAGAAAUCCGUGAGGCUUUGGCAUCAUUUAAUGCUCAGAUGCCCUCAAAAAGCGGCCGGAGAGCGUAUAUCAGCGCACAGAGCACAUCCUCAGUGACCAUUAGUGGUCCACCAUCAUACACAGCAGAGCUGCUACAGAAAGAACCCGUUUUUCACGGACGAAAGACGAUUCCGUUGCCAAUCGCUGCGGCCUUCCACGCAGAGCAUCUCGAUCCAGUACCUUGGAAGAAAAUCUCACAGGCCUGCUCCAAUGCGCCUUUUGAGACAUUCAAGCCCAACAUGCCAUUGAUCUCACCGAGCUCCGGUCUGCCUUAUGCUGCUGACAACCUCUCCGCACUCCUGAUCCAGGUCGUCGAUGACAUUUUGCAACAGCCCAUAAUCCUCGAGGAAGCCGUAAAGGGGGUGGCUAGCUUGGCAAGCUCGUCAAUCUCACUCCUCUCCUUCGGCGCAACUAGCUCUAAGAAGACAAUUAUGAACUCUUUAAACUCAACGGCUGGUAUUGAAGUGGAUGACAAGAGCAAAGCAGCUUUCGAAAAUUCCAUGAAGGAGCCAGAUACAGAAAACGCCAUUGCGAUCGUCGGCAUGUCAGUACGUCUUCCAGGUAGUGAAACCCUCGAGGAGUUUUGGAAGGUUUUGGAGCAAGGACGAGAUCUCCAUGAAAAGAUUCGCCCAGACAGGUUCGACGUUGAUACGCAUUGUGACCCCACCGGGAAAGCCAAAAAUACCACCUUGACUCCGUAUGGAGUGUUUAUAGACCGACCAGGCUAUUUUGAUACGCGUCUGUUCAAUAUGUCCCCUCGUGAAGCGGCCCAGACAGAUCCUCAACAGCGAAUGCUGCUGCUGACAACAUACGAGGCAUUGGAGAUGGCUGGCUACACGCCCAAUGGAAGCCCAUCAACCAACACUCGUCGAAUUGGCUCCUGGAUGGGCCAGACAAGUGAUGACUGGCGUGAGGUGAAUGCUAGCCAGAAUGUCGAUACAUACUUCAUCACGGGCGGUAUCCGUGCUUUCGGGCCUGGUAGACUCAAUUACCACUUCGGCUGGGAGGGACCCAGUUACUCGUUGGACACAGCCUGCUCGUCAAGUGCUGCAUCGAUCCAGCUGGCUUGCUCGGCAUUGCUUGCUGGCGAGUGCGACACGGCGGUGGGUGGAGGCGCCAAUUUCCUCACUGCAUCAGAUUUGUUUGCCGGUCUGAGCAGGGGAAGCUUCUUGUCCAAGACCGGUGGCUGCAAGACGUUCGAUCAUGAUGCCGACGGCUAUGUUAGAGCAGAUGCUGUGGGUGUUGUUGUGAUGAAGCGCUUAUCGGAUGCGGUAGCCGAGCGCGAUAACAUCUUAGCUGUUAUCCGAGGAACGACCACUAAUCAUUCCGCCGAGGCUGUCUCCAUCACUCACCCCCACGCAGAGACCCAAGAGCGCUUGUUUACGACAGUCUUGAACAAGGCUGGUGUUCAGCCUCACAAUGUCGACUAUGCUGAGUUGCAUGGGACUGGCACCCAGGCAGGCGACGCGACAGAGUCAAGAUCUGUGACAAACGUCCUGGCUCGCGGCCGGACUGCUUCUAAUCCUCUAUAUAUUGGAACCGUCAAGCCGAAUUUAGGUCAUGGAGAAGCUGGCAGUGGCGUCACCUCGCUGAUCAAGGCCAUUAUGAUGCUGAGGAAGAACAUGAUUCCUCCGCACAUUGGCAUUAAAGGUCGCAUUAAUCAGAAGUUGCCCCCGCUCGCCGAACUCAACACCCACAUCUCAUUUGAGAAAACCCCCUUCUUGCCCAGAGCAGAUGGCGAUGGUAAGCGGCGGAUCUUGAUCAACAACUUUGAUGCGGCUGGUGGAAACACGAGCAUGCUUAUUGAGGAUCCUCCCGCCCGGCCCGCGACCACCGAUUCUGAUCCCAGAAGCCACCAUAUGGUCGCGGUUUCUGCAAAGACCCCAACAUCGGCUACCAACAACGUGCGACAAUUGCUUGCUUAUUUGAAGCAAAAUCCCGGAGUCCGCUUACAAGACAUUUCCUACACAACGACCGCCCGCAGAAUGCACUACAAUAUUCGCCGUGCGAUCGUCGCUUCAUCUGUCGACGAUCUUGUUGCGAAGCUGGAAAAGCAGUCUGCAGAUGGCUCUCAGUGGGCCAAGCCUAAUAACAGCCGGCCAUUAGUCUUCACCUUUACUGGGCAAGGCUCACUACGUGCUGGCAUGGCAAAGGAUUUGUACACGACCCAGCCUAGCUUCCGUGAGACAAUUCUAGACUGUGAUAGGAUUUCAACAGCCCAUGGUUUCCCGUCAUUCUUGCCGAUAAUAAUCGAUCCUACAAUGAGCGCCAAGUCUGCAAGCCCCGUUCAGGCUCAGUUGUCUAUUGUAGCUGUCGAGCUUGCCCUCGCGGAGUUGUGGCGAUCGAUGGGUGCUGUGCCCACCGCUGUGAUCGGUCAUAGCCUGGGAGAAUAUGCCGCCUUGUGUGUUGCAGGAGUUUUCUCCGUCAGCGACUGUCUCUAUCUCGUCGGAACCAGAGCAUCCCUGAUGCUAGAAAAAUGCCGAGCCGGUUCACACUCCAUGCUAGCAGUUCAGGAUACCGAAAGAAACCUCGAAGAUACUCUGAGCUAUAAUAGCACCCUCUCCGAGUGUGAAAUUGCGUGCGUCAACGGACUAACUUCCACAGUGGUCAGUGGCCCAAUUGAUCAAAUCGCCUCUCUGCACGAGGCUCUGCAGGCGGAGAAGAAGAAGUCUACUCAGCUCGAGGUUCAAUACGCAUUCCACUCGGCUCAGAUGGAACCCCUCCUCGAUGACCUCGUGAGCGUUGCCGAAAAAAUCCACUUUUCGACUCCUUCUAUUCCAUUUGCAUCUACCCAGUUGGGAACAGUUGUUACAACAGGCGGAAUUAUUGACUCCCAGUACCUGAAGCGCCAGACCCGACAAAGAGUCCAAUUCACCAAGGCUGUGCAGGCUCUUGAGUCCCUACAUGCAGGCAACAGAGCCUCGCCAGUCUGGAUAGAAAUCGGGCCGAGUCCGCUUUGCCUGGGCAUGAUUCGCAACAUCGCAGGCAAGGACCAGGUUCUCCUGCCGUCCUUGAAGCGAGACGAGGAUGAUUGGAAGACCAUAUCGGAAUCAAUUGCCUUGGCGUACGACGCAGGCGUCGAUAUCGACUGGAGGGAAGUUCAUCGUCCAUACGAGCUGAAUCUGAACCUCCUUGAGCUGCCCAACUACGCGUUUGAUCUCAAGAACUACUGGUUGCAGUACGAGGGUGACUGGGCCAUUCGAAAGGGCGCCUCAUCCGGGACUACUCCGGCACCGACCAAGAGUCUGCUGCCUACAUUCUCCACUAGUGGUCUUCAUCGGAUUGAGAGUCUUGUCCGCGAUGACGACACUGGAAUUUCGGUCACAUUUGCGUCUGAUGCAGCUGAGCCUAAGUUGAACAAGGCACUGCGAGGCCACCUCGUUAAUGGAGCUGGCCUGUGUCCUAGCUCAGUCUACGCCGACAUGGCAUUUACGGCGGCCCGCUACAUUCAAAGCGUCUUGGAUCCGUCCACGCCGGUUGCUCCCCUGGACGUCCGAGACAUGGAAGUGCACAAGCCCCUUUUGAUUCAGCCGGGCGCAACGAAGCAGAUCAUUCGAGUCACUGCCACAUUGGUGCCUUCCAGUCAAUCUAUCGACGUGAAGUUCUCCUCCGAGGACGGUGGCUCUCACCAGGACCACGCCCAUUGCCGUGUCGAUCGCGGUGAGGGUGACGUGUGGAAGUCCGAAUGGGCGCGAACAAGCUACCUUGUUAAAUCCCGGAUGAACCAGCUGAUUAAGGAUUCAAGCAGCGGAGAUGUCCACAAAGUCCUACGACCGAUGGUGUACAAGCUGUUUGCUGCUUUGGUCGACUACGAUGACAAGUACCAGGGCUUGCAGGAGGUGUACAUGGACAGCGAUCUCUUGGAGGCCACUGCGAAGGUCCGCUUCCGCACCACGCCAGAAGAUGGAACCUUCACGUACAGCCCGUAUUGGAUCGACAGUCUGGCGCAUCUGUCUGGCUUCGUGCUGAACGGUGCCGACACUACGCCCGCCGAUAGUGUGUAUAUCUCCCAUGGGUGGAAGAGCAUGAAGAUUGUUGGAGAGCUUUCCGAGAAGAAGGACUACCAGAGUUAUGUCCGCAUGCAGCAGACCAAAACAAAGGGUGUUCUAUCCGGUGAUGUGUUCUUUUUGGAGGAUGGUGAAGUGGUCGCUGUCUGCCAGGAGCUCAAGUUCCAACGUAUCAAGCGCACUAUCCUCGACCACUUGAUGCCUCGCAAUCCGGCUACUACCCCCGCCGUAGUCGAGAGGAAGCCUGUUUACACUGUUCAGCAACGAUCAAAACCCGUCAUCAAGACGAAGACAGUCACCAGCACACCAGAUAAUAGCAAUGUGCUCCAGAUUAUCGCCUCCGAGGUUGGUGUCGAUGUGUCUGAGCUUACAGAUGAUGUUAUGUUUGCAGACUUGGGUGUGGACAGUCUUCUCACUAUCAGCAUUAUUGCGCGACUGAGUAGCGAGCUCAACCAAGAGAUCCCAAGUUCGCUCUUCAUGAACUACCCAUCAGUUCGAGAGCUUUGUGGGCAUCUCUCUGCCUCAACCGAGACCGCGCCCGUGCCUUCGAGUGACAGCAGUGACAGCGGUGGCGACCGCUCCAGUAGUGAAGAAGACACUCGACCAGACUCUCCAAUUACCGAAGCCGCAUCUCCUGCUAGCGGGGGUGUGAGCUCUACCGAUCACAUUAGGAAGAUCAUCGCAAAUGAACUGGAGAUCGACGUGGCCGAGAUUGAUGAACACAUCCCUCUGGCGGAACUUGGCGUAGACAGCCUGCUCUCAAUUUCGAUUAUCAGCACCAUCAAGGCGCAAACCGGUAGGGUGCUACCAUCCAGCUUCCUUAUCGACCACCCUACCCUGGCAGAGAUCGAAGUUGCUCUUGACGGCCGUCGCGCUGCACCCGCGGUGUCACCCCCACAACUUGCAAAGGCGCUCGAGAAGAUUCAAGAUGGACCUAGCUCAUCACCAUCCAAGUACAAGGCCGAAGCAGUUCUGCUUCAAGGAUCUCCUUCAUCCUCCCACGGCGCAUCAUUGUUCAUCCUACCUGAUGGCUCAGGCAGUGCCGGCAGCUAUGUUGGACUACCCUCGCUCAACGCCCCCGGUCCAGUUUAUGGAUUGAACAGCCCAUUCCUCAAAUCGCCGUCUUCAUUUAGCUGCUCGAUCCCAGAAGUAGCUGCUAUGUACAUCCGCGAGAUCCAACGUAUCCAGCCACACGGGCCCUAUCGUCUGGCGGGGUGGUCGAUCGGCGGAUCCUUUGCAUUCGAAGCCGCGUCGCAGUUGAUUCAAAAGCACGAUGAAACAAUCGAGUCGCUGGUCCUCAUCGACGCCCCGUGUCCGAGCGUGUACCCACCCCUCCCGAUCGAGACAGUCGAUCUCCUCGAAACGAUCGGGGCCUUCGACGGUCUGAAGAACGACAACCGUAACGGCUUGACCCCAUCGAAGCAGAGCUCCAUUCCUCAGAGAGUUCGUGAACAUUUCAUCGGCUCAAUCAAGGCAUUGAAAGCCUACGAACCCAAGGCAAUCCCCUCCUCGAGCCAAGGACCCAAGUCUGUUACAGCUCUGUGGGCGCAAAACGGAGUAUGGGAGACAGUGGGUGAAGAAAAGAAGUCUCAAUUUCAAGAGUUAACCCGCAUUCGCGGUAACCAAGCCGAAGAUUGGAUCCUGGACCCACGGGGAAAUGCAGGGCCCAAUGGCUGGGACAGUUUAGUGCCAGGAGUGGUUGUGAGAUGCGCAGUGAUUCCUGGUGAUCAUUUCACGAUGAUGAGAAGGCCCGGUGUGAACGAGUUGGGCGCUAAAUUGGCAGAGACAUUGCAGUGA